UAGAUAUACACAUUCUCUCCCCUACAGUUAGUGUCGGUGUCAGAAGCAACCGCAACGUUCCUUAAGAUCCACACAUUCACGCACUCGUGUGAAUAAGCUUGUUCUAGGAUUGCUGGUGAUAAGUAUGAGGGAUCGCUUUCUCUUUUUUCUACUCUGAUUCCAGGCGGAACUCAACUGCUCUUUCGACUUGGAUGCCCCAAAUGCGGCUGUGUUCUCUGUUCAAAUUUCCUUGAAAUUCGUGGGGAAUUGCUUAUUUCAAUUUUCGCAUUCGGAGAGCUGCUGCUCAAGAUUCUUUUCUUGGGUUUUGGAACAAUGCAGUCCGAUCACCUUAAAAAGAAGGGUUCUAAGGAAAUGGACUUCUUUUCUGAGUAUGGCGAGGCAAGCAGGUAUAUAAUCCAGGAGGUUGUAGGAAAAGGAAGUUAUGGUGUUGUUUGUUCUGCGAUCGACACUCAUACUGGUGACAAGGUUGCAAUAAAGAAAAUCCAUGGCAUCUUCGAGCACAUAUCUGAUGCUGCUCGGAUUCUCCGAGAGGUAAAGCUUCUCAGGCUUUUGCGGCAUCCAGAUGUUGUCGAGAUCAAGCAUAUCAUGCUUCCCCCUUCAAGGAGGGAAUUCAAAGAUAUUUACGUGGUUUUUGAGCUAAUGGAGACUGAUCUACAUCAAGUUAUCAAAGCAAAUGAUGACUUGACACGGGAACAUUACCAAUUUUUUCUUUACCAAUUGCUUCGUGCCCUUAAAUAUAUUCACACAGCUAAUGUCUACCACCGUGAUUUGAAACCAAAGAACAUUCUAGCAAAUGCAAAUUGUAAACUGAAAAUAUGUGAUUUUGGAUUGGCCAGAGUUGCAUUCAGUGACACACCGACGACUAUAUUUUGGACGGAUUAUGUGGCUACUAGAUGGUACAGGGCUCCAGAAUUAUGCGGCUCGUUUUUCUCAAAGUAUACUCCAGCUAUUGACAUAUGGAGUAUCGGCUGCAUUUUUGCUGAGGUGCUGACGGGAAGACCACUUUUUGCUGGAAAGAAUGUUGUUCAUCAGCUGGACAUGAUAACCGAUCUACUCGGCACUCCUUCAAUGGAUACGAUUUCUCGAGUGCGUAAUGAGAAGGCUAGGAGAUAUCUCACAAGCAUGAGAAAGAAGCCGCCGGUUCCUUUUUCACAGAAAUUUCCAAAUGCUGAUCCAUUAGCCCUUCGGCUCUUGGAGAAGCUGCUUGCUUUUGAUCCAAGGGACCGGCCUACAGCUCAAGAGGCACUAGCUGAUCCGUACUUCAAGGGAUUGGCCAAAGUCGACAGAGAACCAUCCUGUCAUCCAAUUUCGAAGAUGGAAUUUGAAUUUGAGAGGCGGAAGGUGACAAAAGAGGACAUUCGGGAGUUAAUAUUCCGCGAGAUACUAGAGUACCAUCCUCAGCUGUUGAAGGACUACAUCAAUGGAAUCGAGAGAACUACCUUUGUCUAUCCGAGUGCUCUUGAUCAGUUCAAGAAACAAUUUGCUCAUUUGGAAGAAAACAUUGGCAAAAGCUCACCAGCAAUUCCUCUCGAAAGAAAGCAUGCCUCCCUUCCUAGGUCUACCGUUGUACAUUCUGGUGCAGUACCACCUAAGGAUCAAGCUACCGUUCAUCCCAAAGAUUGGCAAAAUGGUGAAGAAUCAUGCGGCCGGAAGUCAAGAGAUUUCAAUGGGAUCCAUAGUAGUUUGCCUAGAACAUUGCAGCCACCGCAGAGGAUCCUACAAGCUAAACCAGGUAAAGUAGUUGGCCCUGUUUUUCCAUACGAGAGUGGGAACGCCACAAGAGAUGGUUAUGAGGGAAGAACUCUGGCACGAACGGGUGUGGCUCCUCCCCCUAUCCCGCCGACAAGUUGUUACUAUAGAAGCAGCAAAGACAGGCUGGAGAGGCCAGCAGCCGAGACUCAGAAAACCUUGCCACCUCAGAUGACGAAGCAAAUGCCCAACUGUGGGAUGGCUGCUAAACUAGCUCCGGAUACAGCAGUUAACACGGGCAGCAAUCCUUUCUGUGUUAGUCGGGCUGCAGUGAUGAAGGUUGAUUACGCUCAUGACAGAGUCGGGGUUGACACGAACCUUCUGCAGACCAGAGCUCCGACUUACACAGCUACAAACGCCAAUGCAGCUGCACACAGAAAGGUAGGUAGUGUUCAGUAUGGCAUGGCGAGGAUGUAUUAGCACACGUAUUUAAGGCAAUACACCUUGGAGUAUAUAUUUACUGCUUGGGGGGAUGGCCGUCGUGUACAGUAACAGGGGGCUUGUAGGGCAGCAGGAACAGCCCUAAUACGAUUGUAACAUGUUUGAUAGCAUCACCUUAUUUUGGUGGUGAAUCCCUUAGCUAAUGUUACCUUUUACUUAUGUUUUUCAUCAUUUUUACUUUUGUACAAGAUGAGUUUUUGCUUCUGUUGAUUUUGGAAUGGAAAUCUCUCUUCUAACA